AUGAUGGUAGCAAUUGGAGAACCCGGUUCGAUUCCUAUGGAAACGUUGGAAAAUAGGAGUGUUCGCGAGUUUGACCUAUCGUUCCGUAAUGUUUCGUACUGUGUUAAGCAUAAACAUGAUCGCACACACUCCGUCAUCCUGAAGAAUCUCUCCGGGUCUUUCCGGUCCGGACGGCUAGUUGGCAUUAUGGGCCCGUCCGGUGCGGGUAAAUCUACAUUGCUGAACGUGCUCAGUGGAUUCAAAAAAAAUAACGUCACCGGUCAGCUUAUGGUCGAUGGGCAGCGACUUUCGGAACGCAGAAGUCGAAAGGUCAUCUCCUACACGCAGCAGGAGGUGUGUCUGUGGUCUGCCCUUACGGUCGUGGAGAGCCUUCGGUAUGCGGCCGAAUUUAAACUCCCCACCACGAUCACCCCAGAGCAGAGAGAUGCCCGUGUGCGGGAACUUCUUCACGUGCUGGGGCUAGCUUCCUGUGCCGAUACACUCACCAACAGCGUUUCCGGUGGUCAAGCGAAGCGACUUUCGAUCGGACUCGAGCUCCUAUCGGACCCCAAAGUGAUGUUGCUGGAUGAGCCAACGAGCGGGCUGGACACAGUAGCCGCCUAUCAGGUGCUGGCCCACGUCAAGCAGCUUGCCGCACGGGGUCGCGUUAUCGCCUGCGUCAUCCAUCAGCCCAACUCCCAGCAGCUGAUGCUGAUCGAUGAUCUGUACGUGCUGGCGAAGGGUCGACGCAUCUAUAGUGGACCCACGGGUGAAAUGGUGACGCAAUUCGCACGCUUUGGACUCGAGUGUCCCGUCUCACACAAUCCGGCCGAUUACGCGCUCGAAGUGGCCAGCCUUGAUCAAGAAGAUGAACGGUUGAGCCGAUUGAUGUUGGAGGAAGAAAAGGACAUUUUCGACUACAAUCCACCGCGCUUGAUGGUGGAGAAAAGUGUUGAUGGAUCGUAUCAACGAUACGCAUUGUCCACACUGCAGCAGCUGGGUGUAUUGUUACGAAGGACGACCCGUUGUACCUUACGUGAUUCGUACCAAUUUAAAGCGCGCAUUCUCAUAAACAUCGCCAUCGCGCUCAUCACGAGCGUGGCGUUCUACAACACCGGCAACAACGCCGACCGCAUCCUGGCCAACACCGCCGUACUGAUCAUUAAUCUGUACGCCAUCUUCUUCACGAGCAUAGUUUCGGCGGUGCUGGUUUAUCCCCGCGAGUCCGCCUGUUUCGUGCUGGAGAGCAAAAAUAAUUGGUACUCCCUGCGGGCAUACUACUUGGCCAAAAUUGUGGUCGAACUUCCCACGCUGAUCCUUUCGUCGUCGGUGUUCUUCCUUAUCUUGUACUACUUCACCGCGCAACCGUUCGAAUGGGUAAGAAUCGGUACGUUCGCACUGGUUUGCCUGAUGUUCGGUUGGAUUUCGCAGAUGCUGGGACUGCUGCUGGGCAGUCUCAUGUCGGUGCAGAACUCCGUCUUUGUGAGCAUCCUCAUAAUGGUGCCGGCCUCGCUGUUCUCCGGCUUCUUCGUACCGCUGCGCGACGCGAGCGUGCUGGUCAAACCGCUGAUGUACGUGUCCUUCGUUCGGUAUGCCUUUGAGGGUGCAGUGCACGCGAUCUAUGGGUUCGAUCGUGCCGACCUCGAAUGUCCGGAGGUGUUUUGCUAUUUCCGUCAGCUGAAACGAUUUCUCGAGUUUGUUUCGAUGCCCGACCUGGCCUACGGGUACGAUCUGCUCGCCCUGCUCGGUUGGAUCAUGCUCCUGAUGGGUGCGGUUUACUUUAGUUUGCGAAGACGUAUCAAACAAGACUAA